UAAAAUGGCAUCAACAAAUUCAAGUCUUUUCAGCGCCGUGUCUCCAGCAGCUCGCGAUCUGACUCUUCUCCUGAAAUGCAUUGCGUUUGCUUCCAAAACUCAAGUCCGCCUAUCGCCCGAGGGACUACGAUUUAGUGCUCAAGAGACAACCUUUGUCUUUCUCUCAAGGUCUCUUUUCACAACUUGGAGCUAUCAAGAUCCAGAAGCUCCCGAGGACGAAUCAUCUGAAGACGCCCUUUCACCCNCCACUUUUCAAAUAUCUCUUCCUGCUUUGCUUGAAACGCUUCAGAUAUUCUCUCUAGGCGACAGCAACACUUUUCGGCAACAGCAAGACCCGUACGAUACGUUUACCGCAUUUAGACAGAAUCGCAAUGCAAAUAACCCAUUCUCGGCCUCAGCUCUAGGAUCCUCUGGUCUUUGCCGCAUCUCGUACGAGAAUCGCGGUAGCCCUCUGUCAAUACAGCUGUCCGAGUCAGACGUCACCACCAACUGUGACCUGACCACCUACGAAGCCGAAACAACAGAAGACAUUCCAUUUGAUCGAGAAAGCUUGGCCCUCAAGACCAUCAUGCGUUCUGCACAUCUGGCCGAUGCCAUAUCAGAACUCGCCUCGACAAACCCAACCAGUCUCUCCUUGAUCGCCUCCCCCACAGCUCCCUAUAUGUCGCUCUCAGCUACCGGGCCACUCGGCUCAGCCACUGUUGACUUCAACAAAGAUCAAGACCCGUUACUUCUCGAAACAUUUCAGUGUCCAGCUCGCUUCCGCACGACAUACAACUUCCGACACAUCAAGGCCGUCUACCGUGCCAUGGUAUCGGCCACCAAAGUCAGCAUCAGAGCGGACGAGCAGGGAGUCUUGAGUCUGCAAUUCCUAAUCGAGGUGGACCCGACGGCACAAGCAGAACCAGCCAAGGAGGGUAUCGCUUUUGUAGACUUCCGCAUCGUGCCCCAGAUCGAAGGAGAACUUUCAAGGGAAGAUUCGGAAACCGAUGAUGAA